GAAGUUCAAGAACACCAUGACCUCCACGGGCGGCCGCGACGACCUCCUGGGUACCGUGGAGCGGCACAUGGAGGUGCUGUCCUCGAAAAACGACAGCUCCGAGGUGGAGGACGUGCGGCGCAUCCUGAAGGAGGUCAGGGCGCAGUACGACCACGUGCACCUGGAGGCGGAGAGGCGCGAGAAGGAGCUCCUCCAGCUGAAGGAGGCCAUCAAGGUGGCGGACAUGGGGCAAGGCGACGGGGCCCUGGGCUCCUCGAGUAAGGAGGACCGACGGAUCGCGCUCGACAAGGAGAUAGAGGACCGAGCUGAACGAGAGCAUCUCGAAGGCUAA